AUGAAGGAACAAGAUUCGGCCGUUUCUGAAGAAAAAGAAAGCCGUGAUACCACGCUGCCCGAGAGCAGUGAAGAAUCUUGGAAAAGAACAGGGCAGGAGACUUUGGAGGAGGACACGUUCAGCGCAGAGGCUCAUCGCCAACGUUUCAGGAGCUUCGGCUACCAGGAGGAAGAAGGUCCUCGAGAGAUUUGCAGCCGUCUCCACCGUCUUUCCCGUCAGUGGCUGCAGCCGGAACGACACACCAAGAGCCAGAUGCUGGACCUGGUGAUCCUGGAGCAACUGCUGGCCAUCCUGCCCGUGGAGAUGUCCAGCUGGGUGCGGGAAUGCGGAGCAGAGAGCAGCUCCCAAGCGGUGGCCCUGGCCGAAGGCUUCCUCCUGGAUCAGAUGGAGCAGAAGAAGCUGGAGCAGCAGCAGCAGCAGAUAAACCACUUCUUUAUAAAAAUGGAAUAUGAUUUCCCUGCAACAGAGGAGGUUCCACUGGGCACCAUCGUAGGGAAUCCUUUGCAAACAGGGACCCUGCAAGAAGAUCCCAGAGGAUUCACGCGGCCAGAUUAUGAUGUCAAGAAUGAAACCUUGGCAGCUACAGAUCUGGCCACUGUGGAAGAGCUGGCUGUGUAUUUCACUGAGGAAGAGUGGCUUCUGUUGAAUCCUGACCAGAAAGCUCUCUAUAAGCAAAUCACGGAAGAGAAUUUUGAAAUCCUGACUUCUCUCGGGUGUGACCGAUACAGAAUGAAAGAACUUCCGAUGGGGACAAAACCAUAUAUGUGUUUGGAGUGUGGAAAAAGUUUUGGUUAUAAGAUAAAUCUUACCUCCCAUCAAAGAAUUCACACGGGGGAAAAACCGUACAAAUGCUUGGAGUGCGAAAAAAGCUUCAGUCAGAGCUCCAGCCUCAUUAAGCACAAACGAAUUCACACAGGCGAGAAACCGUACAGAUGCAUCGAGUGCGGAAAAAGCUUCAGCCAGAGUUCGAGCCUCACCAAGCACAGACAAAUUCACACGGGCGAGAAGCUGCACGAAUGCUUAGAGUGCGGCAGGAGCUUCGGGAAGAAGAUCAAUCUCACGUCCCACCAGAGAAUUCACACCGGGGAGAAACCCUAUCAGUGCUUGGAAUGUGGGAAGACUUUCAGUCACAAAAUAAAUCUCAUUUCUCAUCAGAGAAUUCACACGGGCGAGAAACCCUAUCGGUGUCGGGAGUGCGGGAAGAGUUUUAGCCAGAAUACGGGCCUGACGAAACAUCAGAGGACCCACACGGGCGAGAAACCUUAUAAAUGUUUAGAAUGCGGCAAGGGUUUUGGCCAGAAGACAAAUCUCGCCACUCACCAAAGAAUUCACACAGGGGAGAAGCCGUACGCGUGUUUGGUGUGCGGGAAGAGCUUCAGUUACCGGACUGCUCUGACUUACCACGAAAGGACACACACUGAGGGGAAGCCGUACAAAUGCUUAGAAUGCGAAAAGAGCUUCGCUCAGAAAAUCCUGCUCAUGAAGCAUUAUAGAACUCAUUCGGAAGAGAAACCAAAACCGCACAAGUGUCUUCAGUGUGGGAAGACUUUUAGUCGGAGCACGGGGCUCCGGAAUCACCAGCUCAUUCACGCAGGUGGGAAGGAGUGUUCCUGUUUGGUCUGCGGGAAAAACUUUGGUCACAAAAUCAUCCUCAGUUCUCACGAAAGGAUUCACACCGGGGAGAAGCCAUACAAGUGCUCGGAAUGCGGCAAGAGCUUUAAUCAUAAGAAGAACCUCUCUAGGCACCAUCGAAUCCACACCGGGGAGAAGCCAUACAGGUGCUCGGAAUGUGGGAAAUGUUUCAGUCAGAAAAUAGACCUCACCAAACAUCAAAGAAUUCACACCGGAGAAAAACCCUAUAAAUGCUCGGAGUGCGGGAAGAGUUUCAGCCAGCGUACCAACCUUUUCCAGCAUCAGAGCAUUCACACAGGGGAGAAAUACACCUGCUUAGGAUGUGGGAAAAGUUUCAGUCAUAAGAAAAACCUGACCAGGCAUCAAAAAAAGGCACACAAGGCAAAAAUUCAGAGGAAGCAGGCGGAUCAUGGGAAGAAUCCCACCUUUUACUCAAAUUCCCCCAGCAAUGGGUAA